AUCAUCUUCUCUGAUAAUUAACAAAACUAAACAAUGUCAGGUGCAGGCGAAGGUGAAGCAGAAGACAUCUCCACCGUUGAUAACUAUCAGCGCCUCCAGAUUGCACCCAACCCUGACGGCACCAUCACCCGCUUGGCCAAAUUCCCAGAAAGCCCACCCACGUCCGAUCCCAAGCUUCCCACCCCAGUUCUCUCCAAAGACAUCCCCAUCAACGAAUCAAAAAACACCUGGGUUCGAAUCUAUUUGCCCCGCCACGCACUGGAUCAUUCCUCCUCCAAGUUACCUCUCGUCGUUUUUUACCAUGGUGGAGGCUUCAUUUUAUUCAGUGCAGCCUCAACCAUAUUCCACGAUUACUGCGUCGGCUUCGCCACUGAUGUUCCCGUCAUCAUCGCAUCCGUCGAGUACAGGCUCGCUCCAGAGCAUCGCCUGCCAGCGGCCUAUGAGGAUGCAACGGAAGCGCUGCACUGGAUCAAAACCACCCCAGAUGAUUGGUUGAGAGACCAUGCUGACCUUUCAAAUACUUUCCUCAUGGGCAUCAGCGCGGGGGGUAACAUAGCCUACCACGCAGCACUUCACGCCGACGUUGACCGUCUCCAUCCGUUGAAGAUCCAUGGGCUGAUAUUACAGCAACCGUUUUUCAGUGGGACCCAGAGGAGUGGCUCCGAGUUGAGGUUAGCGAACAACCCCGCGUUCCCACUGAGCAGUUCGGAUCUGAUGUGGGACUUGUCGUUGCCUAUUGGGGCUAGUCGUGACCACGAGUAUUGCAAUCCGACGGUAGGGGACGGUUGUAAGAAGUUGGAUCGAAUGGCGGUUGGGAGGAGAGUUUUGGUGACUGGCUGGGAUGGGGACCCAUUGAUCGACGGUCAGAUUGAGGUGGCCAAGAUGUUGGAGGAAAAUGGUGUACACGUGGUGUGCCAUUUUGCUGAAGGAGGUUACCAUGGGGUUGAUAUUAUUGACGCCUCCAAGGGCGAGGCACUGUUUGUGGUUGUUAAGAAUUUCAUAUUUUCUCAAACGGCUAGUUAGAAAAUGGUGGUUGCUUGCUUUUUAUUACUUCUGAAUGUUGCAAAAUAAAUCAUAAUGAUGUAAGAACUUCUAUAACGUAUGCCAAUAAAAUGAACCACAAUGUUAUCGAUACAUACAUGUUUGAUAUACAUCCAUA